AUGUACGCCAGUCUCGUCUGUUCGCCGCCGCUGGGUCAGACCACGGUGGUCCCCGCCGACCAAAGCUCCGUUCGCUUCACCGCCCUCAUUGAAACCGACCCUUCCUCGGAAAAGACGUGGGAAGUCGCCCUGUGGCACAAUCAUGCCGCGAAUGCCCAGUGGGAGAAGCUUGUCUUGACCGAAGGAGACCCUGGCCCGUCUCUGAUGGUCGUCGCCCGCCACGAGUCGGCUCCACGUCGUCGAAGGUGCUUCUCUGCCGACCUGCUCGGACGACCGAACCGCCCAGUCUCUUUCACCAUCACCUUCCGCGCUGGCCAAGACGAGCCUUGGAAAUGGGCCAACGAGCAGUUCUCCUAUUGUGAUGGUCACCUCUUGUACCAGCCAGAUGAGCUCGCCAAAGCUCCCCUCUCUGACUACCUCAGCGACAUCAGUCCGGAUCUGCAUAUCGACCACGAAGCAAGUCAAACGUCUGAUACGCUUCUGUGGACUGCAACCGGAAAGGUUGCCGCUGCAGUUGGAACCGAGUCUGGAUGGGCUCGCCACACCCUUGGCCUUCCCACACAUCAAACUAAAUGGUUCGCCCUUGUCCGCCUCUGGAGUCCUUGGCUGGCCCCCCGUCACGGCCGCGAAGUUUUCAAUCCAGACAAAGAGGCUGUCCUCGCGUCUUUUCUGAGGAACGACGGCUCCCACUUGGUCGUCCUUGCCAUAAGCGGCAUAAACGACGUUUUAUCCGAACUUGUGCACGACGGCCACGGCAACGUCGUCAUUCGUGCGCGCAACGAUGCGUCCGAGGAGCAGGAUUCCACCGUCAUUGUUGCGGUCGGCAAAUCUUUUGAGCUCGCCAAUGCUGCAGCCAUGUACCACGCCCGAAGACUCGUCAUGAAGUGGGAUGCUGCCGCCGGCGAGAUCGAAGCCGAAAUCAAAGCUAUGGAAAAGAACGAAAUGCACGCUCAGUGGUUGCAGGAGUGGUACGAUGGGCUGACGUACUGCACGUGGAAUGGUCUGGGCCAGCACCUCACUGAACAGGCAAUCUUUGAUGCGCUGGAAUCUCUCCAGAAGAACGACAUCAACAUCACCACCCUCAUAAUCGACGACAACUGGCAGUCCCUGGAUCACGAUGGAGAAGACCAGUUCAAGCGUGGCUGGUUGGAGUUUGAAGCGAACAAGGAAGGCUUCCCGAACGGUCUUGCCCAUACCACUGCUGAAAUCCGCCAGCGUUACAAACAUGUGUCACACAUCGCCGUUUGGCAUGCAAUCCUUGGCUACUGGGGGGGCAUCUCGCCGGAUGGGAAGAUUGCUCAGAACUACAAGACCGCCGAAGUGGUCAAGAAAGACGGCGUGUCAGGAGGAAAGUUCCUGGUGGUCGACGAGGAAGAUGUGCCCAGACUAUACCGGGAUUUCUACUCCUUCCUGUCCUCAUCCGGGAUCGACUCGGUCAAGACUGACGCUCAAUUCUUCCUCGAUGAGCUCGACGAAGCGGAUGUUCGGAAGCGCCUCAUCCGGACCUACCAAGAUGCUUGGACCAUCAACAUCCUGCGAUACUUCUCCUCCAAGGCGAUUUCCUGCAUGUCGCAGACGCCUCAGAUCCUGUUCCACUCGCAGCUCCCAUCAAACAAACCACGACUGAUGGUGCGCAACUCGGACGACUUCUUCCCCGAGGUGCCAGCCUCGCACCCAUGGCACAUCUUCUGCAACGCUCACAACUCCCUACUUACUCAACAUCUCAACGUUCUUCCCGACUGGGACAUGUUCCAGACGUCGCACCCGUGGGCGUCGUUCCACGCCGCGGCGCGCUGCGUCUCGGGCGGCCCCAUCUACAUCACCGACGUACCAGGCCAACACGACAUCUCACUCAUCCACCAGAUGACAGCCAAGACGCCGCGCGGCUCCACCGUCAUCCUGCGCCCGCACAACAUCGGCAAGACCAUCGACGCCUACACCAGCUACGACGACCCGACCCUCCUCAAGAUCACCACGUACGUCGGCCGCGCCGCCACCGGCUCCGCCAUCCUCGGCGUCUUCAACACCACGCAGCGCAGCCUCACCGAGCUCCUCUCGCUCGACCACUUCCCCGGCACCGAACACGGCGACUACAUCAUCCACACGCACUCGACCAACCAAACGUCCCACACGCCAACCAAGCGCGGCAGCGCCCACAAGAUCCACGUCGACCUCCCCGACCAAGCGUGGGAGAUCCUGACCGCCAGCCCCGUCCACACGCUCUCGACGCCCCACCACGCCGACGUCCAGGUCAGCGUCCUCGGCCUCGUCGGCAAAAUGACGGGCGCCGCCGCCAUCGUCAACUACGACGCCUACGUCGAGCGCGAGGGCUCGCGCCGGCUGCGCGUCUGGACGAGCUUGAAGGCGCUGGGCACGUUUGGCCUGUGGGUGGCGGGCUUGGAGCGAUACGACGUCGAUGCGGAUUUCAUGGCGCUGGUGUUUGGCCAGCCGGUGCCGAGGCAUUGCGUCGCGGUCAGGGGUGAUGUGUUGGAGAUUGAUGUGGCGAGGGCGUGGGACGAGGGCGGGCAGAAGGCUGGGUGGAGCAAUGAGGUUGCUGUGGAGGUGUUUGUGCGGUAG